GGUACUUCUCAAAUUUCGUGCAAUUCGUAUAUUUUGGACGAUUAAAAAAAAAGUAUUCACAUUUAAGCUGUCUUAUUAAUUUCAAACUAUCCAUUUUAAAAAGGGCUACCGAGGCCAUGCAACGUGAUCCCCUAAUUGUAGAUAUAAAGAUAGUUACAGCAUAUUUAUGUGUCAAAAUGUCACUACCAUACGUGUCCCGAAGGCAAACACUAGAGUUCAAGACAUCGGAUAUUAGAAAUGUGCGUUUGUAGCGCUAUUUUAGCAAUACAAUAUUAAAAUAUAUUUAUUAAGGUGUAAUUAUUUAAAUUUAUAAAUUUAUAGAUAAUAUAGAUCAUUAAAAAAAACGAAAUUUAAGUUUUGUCACGUUAAUUUUGGUCUUUACCAUCAGCAUAGAUAAAACUGCAAAACCAUUCAUGUACGUUAACCCUAGAAACCCGGCUCCCCGCUCCCCGCCUCCGACUCGCCCGCUAUUCGGCAGGCAGACGCAGUGGGACGUGGCUGUGCGUUUGCUUCGCCAAAAAAUCAAUGAGAAUCGUGAAUUUUCAAGUUUGGUACGAGAUUUGGUCUUUACCAUCCCUUUACUUUUAAGAAUAAUAAUAGAAGAAGCAAACAUGGUUAAAGUAAAUAAGAAAAGUCGUGAAGAAAAAUUGGAGCAAGCCCGUCUCCACAAGAAAAAGAAAUAUGAAGAAACUCUCUUUGUACUGAAAUACCCAAAGAAUGAUUGAUGUUAACUAUUUUUAUUUUGAUUUGAGUUUAAA